GAAACAACCGGCCUAUACUGACGGCACACAGAAAUGCCUCUCGUCGUUCUGAAGAGUGACAAGGACGCAUUAGCGUGCUCGCUUUCCCAGUUAUUUUGUUAGUCCGAUGUUGCUGUCCUAAGAUCCGAUGUGAUGCAAACUGGUCGUGGCACGUCACAGUCCCUGCGACGGAAGUCCAUAAAGCAUCUGAGUCUCGCCUACGAGGAGCUGUCAUCCGUGCAUUACGAUCUGAUUGAGAAGCACACGCAGGACGUACAAGUACUGGAUGUUAGUCAUAAUCAUAUCAGGGACGUGAAAUUCCUGUCACAUUUCGAAGUACUGGACACGGUUAUUCUGGACCACAACUUGCUCAACUGUCUGACGGUCUUCCCGUUGCUGCCAUCGCUUCGUUGCCUGUGGAUCAACUUCAAUAGGGUGCUGUCACCAACCCCGUUCGUGCCCAGCCUGGCCCGGAGCUGUCCCAACUUAAGACACCUGAGCCUUAUGGGCAACGAGGCAGCUCCAUCCUACCUCAAUGGAAGAUCCCAGCAAGAUAAUACCAAUUACAGGUUAUACGUGAUAGCGAACUUCCCACUGCUGACUUUCCUGGACGACGCUCCGGUGUCAGCUGAGGAACGGCGGCAAGCGAGCGCCAUCAAGCAACACAUCGACGCUAUGGUGCACCUAAAUCAAGCAAGUCUCACCAGAAACAGCUUACGCGCAAUUCAACCUGAAGCGAUCCAUCCUAGUGCACACUCCAACUAGAGGACUGUUCUUCUUGGUUUGUGAUAUGUAACACUACAAAGGGCUGCUGUUCUUUUUCUACGUCGAUAAGACACACACCCUUUUCGACCCAUACUCACACCCAGCGCUUUUGCAGCCAGCAAGCCAGAAAGGAGUUGCGGUUCCAGGCGAUACAAUGGAGGAAGCACACUGCACGUGUGUUUUUCUUCUCUCUGGCUUGGGCGGUAAACAGGUUUCAACGUGUUCCCACGGCUACACGGCGCUGCGCAUUCAAUAUGGCGGCGUCCACCAAAAAAUGGGGGUAUAUCUACAUGUUUCUUGACGAAAAUACAAGCUGCAGUACCACAGAAUACGAAGUAUGAAGGCUGCCCCAUAUAUGCGCACUUCUUGCACAUCCUGCGUUGAAACGGUCCGUGUCACUCACUGCGUAAAAUUUUACACGCAAGAUAGAUAUUCCUGCCAGCCUUGACGUUACCUCGGCAACAGUACCGUCGCGCUUCUAUGCAGUGCCAUAUACAGGGUGUUUCACGAAAAAUAAGGCAAAGUUUAAAAAUAGGAUGGUUUAUCGCACACCGAAAAGACGGACUGCAUUGUGCUACCAGUGGUGUGGGGAUACUCAAAUUAUUUUUGUUUUGUAAAUAAUUCAUUAAAUAAUUAGUAAAAAUUAAUUAGUCAGUUUUUUAAUUAUAAGGAUUAGAGCCAUUAAAGCGAUGAGCCAUUCUAUUUUUAAACUUUGGUUCAUUUUUCAUGAAACACCAGUAUUUUCGUGACGAUGUAGUUCGUUCUGCGUACACGUGCUCUAAAAGCAGAACUACACCCCGUAACACGCUCAAUGCCAGCCAGCGUUCGGAAUAAUAUCGUUCUGUCUCCUGACUUGCUGAGGACGGGACGUACGCCAAUUUUGUAACACUGCGUGAAAGCAGCAGCAAGAAACCUCAUUCUCUUCCUGCUGAAGACAGGCCUUGCUCAUCGGCCCAUCUAAUACUCUACUCUCCCCGAUGAACUCGUGCACCUCACCGCAUCCCCAUCCUUCAACCUCCUCUAUCCUCCAUCCGUCCGUCCUUCCUUUGUGUUUUGUUUUGCUUUGUGUUCUUUUUCUUUCUUUUUUUUCCUAUAUAGUCGUGACGACGCCCACUUCUGUGUGGCCAACAACGGCGAGCCUAUCCUGCCAUUACCCCCCCCCCCCACCCCCCACCCCUGUAACAAGGCGUGCAUGUAAAAUGUUACAGAAAGGGCGUACGCCUCUCGUUUUCUACAAUGAGAAGACAGGCCAGGCCAUGUUGGCUAUGCGUGUGUUAUGCGGUCAAGUUCUGUCUUUAGAGUGUCGUACGCUACUUUACAGGCAGUGUUUCACGCAGUACGUCCACGCAGUAGUGUACACGCUGUGUGCAGUAUUGUGAAAUGGUAUGAGAUAAAAAAAGAAACAAGACAAUUCUUUUCGCAGAAAUGUAUUUAAUGCGUGAUAUGAUUUAUGUGACUUAAUUUCCGACACCGUGGAUUCGCGCCGCGAAGUCAAGCUCUUCCCGUGGCUUGUCAUAAUGGCAGCGAUGAUGUGACAGGACACGCAGCAGGUGACAAACUUCAGAACUGUUAUCGCCCAAGGAGCCCCUGCACAAAUUAAUAAUACUUCUAUAUAUGUUUACAAAUAAAGUUGUCCCAUAGA